AUGAAAUUGGCCAAAGUAUUCGAUCAAUCAUGUCAACGACAACUGAUUGCUGCUUCCAAAAUUGACAAGUAUGAUAAAGGCGUUGCAGAAAAACUGCAAGGGCGUGGAUUAGGUUCAAUGGAUCUUCAAUUGGGCUGUGUUGCUGUCCUCAAUCGAAAUCAAGAUGAAAUCGAUCAGAACAUAUCGUUCGACACAAUGAAACAGCGUGAAAAGCAAUUCUUUAUCAAUCAUAAAGAAGCAUUUCAACAUCUACCGGACGAAUUCAAAGGUAGUGAACAAUUGGUUCAACGUUUGGCUACCAUUCAACAAGAGCGCAUUCGUUCGACUUUUCCUCGUGUUAUCAAAGAUCUAAGAAAACAGAUAGCUGAGAAAAAGACCCAACUGAAAAAGAUCCCGGCUUCUUUGAAUACUGAGAUUGAAUGUUGGACAUUCUUUCAAUCGAUGAUCAAUGCUUAUCGAGAAAGUAUUCAUGAUAAUGUGAAAGGGGAGUACGAUCAGGUUGCGUCAACCGAGGGUACGCAAUUGUUGACCGCAUCUACAGAUGUAGAAUCCGCUUCUGAGAAUGAUAUCGAUUCGAAUAUUCAAGAUGAUGAAUGUGAAGAGGAGCAACUUUCAUCCGAUGAGGAUGACGAAGGCCACAUUGCCUAUCAUUUUUACCAGUUACAACGUAAUUUUCAAACUAAGGCUAAAAGCCUUUUUACAGAUUUUUUUUCAAACGAAUGCCAUAAAAUUGUACUUCGCGAGAUCAAUCGAACAGCUGGUGUUAGCCUACCAAAUUUUCCUAGUUACCAAAUUAUUGUAGGGCUUUUUCGGAAAGAAUUAAAAAAAUUCCCUGAUUGCUGUUACGCAUUGGUCGAGCAGAUACAUGAGUACAUGUACAAAUGUUUGCUAGAGUUAUUCAAACAGGCUUUCAAUAAUGACUACCCUCGUUUGAAAGAACGUCUGAAACAAAUUAUCGUCAAAAAACUAAACGAUGCAAAAAACGUUGUUUUGGAACGUGUACAAGAACUACUCGCUAUGGAACGCCGUGUAUUCACACUUAAUCAUUAUUAUAUGGACACUGUGAACAAUAUCAAAGAAAACAACAAGAAGAAAAAUGAUGAACAUGGUGAAAUCAAUGCUGCAUCAUUCUCGCCUUUUGGUAGUACAAGAAUACGAUCAACGCCCGUGGCUAAGAAUUCCACCAGUUCAGUUACUUAUACAGCUGUUUCCAAUGAAGCUCAAGCAGCAAAAGAUAUUCAAAUAGCACUACAUGCUUACUCAAAGGUGGUGGAAAAACGUAUGAGUGAUAAUAUUGGACAAACAUGCUAUUAUCAUUUUAUCACACAAUGUGCAUUGAAAAUGGACCAAUUCAUAAGUUCUUCAAUACCUCCAUCGCAACUGGUUCAAUAUAUGCGCGAACCACAAAAACAAACCUAUCUUCGAAAGAAACUCACACACAGCAUCCAAGCUUGUGAAGAAGCAUUGCAGCUUGGUCUGACAUAUAUGUAA